AUGAGAGAUGAGAAUCCGAGAGAGGACGAGCUCCUCAAAUCUUUUCUCGAUGAGGAUUUCAGGCCGAUUCAAUAUAAUUCGAUUGGCGAAUGCCUAUCGCGUAAUAAGAAAGCAAUCGCAGUAAAUGGAUUUAUUAUUAUGUUCUUAAUAGUUUAUACGACAAUUGGCGGAUUCGUUUUUCUACACUUCGAAUACAAUUAUCAACAAUUUAUGAAAUACAAUGAAACACUUGAGAAACGGGCUUGCAUUGAACAUAUUCUGAAUCGCGACAAUCGACUGCGAAACACUAGAGCUUCUGAUAUUGCAGCGGUUAUUGCGAAGCGAUGUCUUGCUGAAAAGGUCAACGACAAUCGCCUGCAAUGGUCAUUCAAAUCGGCGGCGUUAUACUCUUUAGGCAUCCUAACAACACUCGGCUACGGUAAAAUCGAGCCGCAAACCAUCAAUGGACGGAUUUUUACCGUUAUCUAUGGGUUCGUCGGAAUUCCGCUUACCGUCAUCCUUUUAACAAAUUUUGGACGAUAUUUGGAAGCGAUGGCGACAAAAUUAAAACGGUGGCUCACCUGUCGGAAACGACGGAAAGAAGACGACGAUGAUAGUGUAGCAGGAAGCACCCUCGUUUUCAUUGUAGUUUUGUAUUUGGUUGUUGGAGCAUUUAUGAUUCCACUCCUUAACGGACAACUCGAUUUCUUCAAUGGUAUCUAUUAUGCAUUUAUUUGUCUUACUGCAAUUGAGUAUGGUGAUAUUAUACCGCAAAACAAUUGGUUUGUCCCGAUCAGUGUUUUCUAUAUGUGCACCGGGCUCGCGAUAUCCACAAUAGCUCUUGACAUCGGCUCGAUUUACGUGAGAAAAUUGCAUUUCAUUGGCAAGAAAAUCAAAAAUAUCGCCAAUAUUCGUAUUUGGUUCGGCGCAAGAAAUCUUGAAGUUCACGAACUUAUCAAUGCUGUAGGCCAAAAUAUUGGGAUUGAUUCGAAUGUGAUUGCCGACAUCGACAUCGACACUUUGGUCAAGACGGCGAUUCAAGUGAAAUUGGGAAGAUUGGCGAGGGUUCCUCAAACUCACAUGAUUGUUGAGGGAAUUUGGCCGCCCGAGUUAAUUCCAUUGUUCAUCAAGGAUGGAGAAUUUCCGUUGUAUGUUGAUUCCGAGCAGGAUUUGGCCGGAAUCGGAAAAGAAGACAAAAAACCGUCGGUCCACUUCGAGGAUGAGCCAAUGUUAUCUGAAAUCGAAGACACAAUCGAUUCGGAUGUUUAUGAUAAAUCAACGUCGCUGAUGACGUCAUCGCGACUUUCACCACCAAUCACACGCAAUUUUGCACCAAAUACCGACACCACUGGUUCGUUCGAUUCUUAA